AUGACAUCCGCUUGUAGCGGAUUACAUGAGUCUUCAAUUUACAUGAACAUAGAUGUUAAAAAACAAGAAAUUACACGACGUCAAAGUUUGGAUAUCCAUGCUAAAAACGAGCCUUAUACGUUGAAACGACAAUGUAAUUCUGAUUCAGUUAUAAAUUACGCAAUUCAAGAAUGCGAACCAGAUGUUCCCAUUAUUGGCUUAGAUUUUAUGAUGUCUCAAGAAGAUCCAGAACAGGGAUCUAUUAUUCAUAGUCCCAUUGAAACUUCGAAGACCUCAAACAAUACGAGUAUGUGGAGUUCAAAACCUACACUCAAUUUUGGUUUUUUCCAAACAGAAUAUCAAGUAUCUGAAGAUUUGAUAUUUGAAUAG